AUGAACCACAAUGUGCCGCGCACGAAAUGGGCGCAUGUGACGCUGGACGAGCGCGACGCUGUAGAGCGCGAGGCGCGUGCCAAAGCAGCGGCGCGUGCAGUGCUUGAAAAGCAAAAGCGCAAGGCCCCAGUGCCGCCCGUGCCGCCGCGCGAGGCGUACCCUCCGAUUGCGGGGUGCGAGAGUGUGGUGAAAUACGAGCGGCUGAAUCAUAUCGAAGAGGGGUCGUAUGGAGUCGUGUCACGCGCGCGAAACAAGGAGACAGGGGAGGUGGUAGCGCUGAAGCAGUUAAAGCUGGACAAGGAAAAGCACGGUUUCCCGAUCACGAGCCUGCGCGAAAUUCACGCGCUCAUGGAGGCGCGGCAUCCGCACAUUGUGCAGCUCAAGGAGCUGGUUGUGGGCGACACCCUGAACAAAGUAUACCUGGUGAUGGAGUUUGUCGAGCACGACAUGAAAACGCUGCUUGGUUCGAUGCGCACGCCGUUUCUCCAGUCGGAGAUUAAGGCGCUCAUGCAGCAGAUCCUGGCUGCCGUCGCAUACAUGCACGACCGCUGGAUCGUGCACCGGGAUUUGAAGACGUCCAACUUGCUCAUGACGAACCGCGGCUGUGUCAAGAUUGCUGAUUUUGGGCUUGCACGCAUGUUUGGUGAUCCACAGCGUGCGAUGACGUCGCUUGUCGUCACGCUCUGGUAUCGCGCGCCGGAGCUGCUACUCGGCGCGGAGGUGUACGAUACAGCAGUAGAUAUGUGGUCUGUCGGGUGUAUUUUUGCCGAGCUGCUCUUGCGCGUGCCCUUGUUCCCGGGAAAGAAGGAGACGGACCAGGUGUCGCGCAUUUUUCGUCUCUUGGGGCGCCCCACACCGGAGCGCUGGCCGGGGUAUACGGCACUGCCGAAUGCAGCGACUCUGGGAAAGAGCGCCGCGCCGUCGCAAAGCUCGCUGCGGCAUAGGUUCCGCUACACAACCGAUGCGACGCUUGAUAUGCUGGAGCGCAUGCUCACUUUAAAUCCUGCACGGCGAAUCUCUUCAGAGGAUGCACUCAAGCACGUGUAUUUUACCGAGUCGCCCCUCCCUGCACACCCCGACAGUUUCGGCAGUUUUCCUUCUGCGGCGUCGGGUGAAAAGCGGCGUGCGUUGAGCCCGAGCAUUCCGCGGCGCGACGCAGCACAGCAGUAUCCACUCGAGUUUGAAUGGAAGCAACAAAAUGUAGAAUAA